CAAUCGUCACCACAACAGAACAUCUCGACCACUCCAUCUUUCGACCUCUCUCAUCCAAAACCAACCACUUUUCUCCCCAAAAAACCCCCCACCCCCAAACAACUUUCAAAAUGACUGGCGGCGGCAAGUCUGGUGGCAAGGCCUCUGGUUCCAAGAACGCUCAAUCGCGUUCUUCCAAGGCUGGUCUCGCGUUCCCCGUUGGUCGUGUCCACCGUCUCCUGCGAAAGGGCAACUAUGCUCAGCGUGUUGGUGCUGGUGCUCCCGUGUACCUGGCCGCUGUCCUCGAGUACCUCGCGGCGGAAAUCCUCGAGUUGGCCGGUAACGCUGCCCGUGACAACAAGAAGACCCGUAUCAUCCCCCGUCAUCUCCAGCUCGCCAUCCGAAACGAUGAGGAGUUGAACAAGCUUCUGGGACACGUCACCAUCGCCCAGGGUGGUGUUCUCCCCAACAUUCACCAGAACCUCCUGCCCAAGAAGACCGGUGGCAAGACUGGCAAGGGUGCGAGCCAGGAGCUUUAAAUGCGUCGUUUGGUUCUGCUUUAUUGCGAUGGUUGGCUGUUUGGGUUGUCAUGACAAAGGGGUCACGGUUCAGGGUUCACGGUUGCUUUAUUUACUUGCGCGUUAGGGUUGUACAAUAAUCCCCACGGCUAUGGUCAUGAAUGAGAAUACUUCAAAGAUCAAUUUACCUUCCCCCCUUUGCGUAGUGAAACAUUAAUUAUUUGCGUCUGGUG